AUGGAUUGCAUUCUAAGAAAGCCCAAGAUCGCGGGUGAGAUUCUCAGCACUCUGCACCUCCCCAUAGUUCCCCGCAUGAUCGGCAUUGCGCAGACAUGUGGUAGACGGGGAAUUUGGGGAUCUGGGUUGGAAUUCUGGGGGGUUCCCCGUUAAAAGCCAAGGACGCGCCAUCGCCGGCGGCGAACAACCAAUAACCUCAAGAGUUUCCCGCCCGAAUAUAAUAUCCCGGAGGGCUAUGCACUACAUGCGCGGCUCUGGAAGUCUUCUACCUUGCGGGGUAUCUUGCAGGUCGACGUAAUCUCGUUUCGACUCUAUUCUGUGGCCAAAAGCCCAAAGAGAGCCUGCUCCUUUCGCAAGCUAAUACACCGAACGGGGCCAAUCUACAUAAUGUAUAUCUCAUUGGCUAGUCUGGUACAAAUUCCACAAUUACAUAUUCCAUAUAUGAAGAGUGUCUCUUAAGUCUUUCAAGUCUUUCAAGUUUUCUGUCAUUCUGUCCAAUCUUCCGUUUUAUCCCCUUGUCCUCCUUUGAAAUUAUCACCGCAAUAAUCAUGGCACCAUCCGUUGCACAGCUUCCAGAGCAAAUUCCAACCUCAAAGCUGCCAACCUCUCCCGCAUCCACAUCCUUCAAUCUCUUCCCUCAAAGUCGUCUCCCUUUCUCCCCUUCACUUUUCGCAAAUCCCACAUCAGAAUACCGCGGCACGCCACUAUGGAGCUGGAACACGAAGCUCGACCUCGACCAACUGCUACGGCAAAUUGAUCAUAUGGAGGAGAUGGGGCUCGGAGGCUUCCAUAUGCAUUCUAGAGUAGGUCUCGACACCGAAUAUAUGGGAGAGGAGUUCAUGCAUAUGGUGAAAAAGUGCGUCGAGCGCGCUAAGGAGAAGGGCAUGCUCGCCUGGCUGUACGACGAAGAUCGUUGGCCAAGUGGUGCUGCGGGAGGGCUUGUGACAAAGGACGAGGAUAAAUUUCGAUCUAGGCAUAUGUUGAUUACUCCGUGGAAAUAUGGUGAUCCGAAUAGACCGGAUCAAGCAGAGGAGAACCAUUCGUGCUCAGCUGUCGCGUCUAGAAGCGAACUUGGCUUUCUUGCUGCUCGAUACAGCAUUAUCCUAGAUAAGGACGGAUUUCUUGUUGAAAGCCGGCGACUUGAAGACAGCGAAGAGGAUUUCGAGGGUGUUUGGUACGCCUAUGUCGAGACCAACCCACCAUCCGAGUGGUUCAACGGAUCCUACUACGUCGAUACACUAUCGGCGCCAGCCAUGCAGAGAUUUGUAGAUCUUACAUAUGAGCCAUACAAGAAAGCGGUGGGCGGCGAAUUUGGAAAGACUGUCCCGGCGAUCUUCACUGAUGAGCCACAAUUCGCACUGAAGAAUCAGCUCAAGCUUGCUCACGGAAAACGAGACAUAUUCCUUCCGUGGACUCUAGAUCUACCACAUACCUAUCAAGAUGCAUAUAGCUCCAACUUGCUAGAUUUCCUUCCCGAGGUUGUUUGGGAUACCAAGGGUCCAUCGAAAACCAGAUAUAACUAUCAUGAUCAUGUUUGCACACGGUUCGUAACCUCAUUUAUCGAUCUCCUCGGCAACUGGUGCAGCACCAACGGUAUUGCUCUCACCGGCCACAUGAUGAAAGAAGCAAGUUUGAGAUCCCAAACUAGCUCCCUCGGCGAAGCGAUGCGCUGCUAUCGCAACAUGCAUUUACCCGGCAUUGAUCUGCUCUGCGAUCGUAGAGAAUUCACGACUGCGAAACAGGCCCAAUCCGUCUCUCGCCAGUACGGAAGGUGCGGGGUGUUGUCCGAAAUAUAUGGCGUGACAAACUGGACGUUUACAUUUGAAGGUCACAAAGGCUGCGGUGACUGGCAGGCAGCUUUGGGAAUCAAUGUUCGAGCACAUCAUCUAGCUUGGGUCACAAUGGCAGGCGAGGCCAAGCGUGAUUAUCCUGCUGCAAUUGGAUAUCAGAGCCCCUGGUAUAAGGAGUACCCGCUGAUUGAGAAUCAUUUUGCGAGAGUGAAUACGGCAUUAACGAGAGGAACCCCAGUGGUAAGAGUAGCAGUGAUACAUCCGGUUGAGAGCUUCUGGCUUUCCUUUGGACCGAACGAGACUUCUGUGGACCAGGAUGAGCGAGAUCGCCAAUUCUCCGAUCUGACAGACUGGUUAUGCUACGGCCUUGUGGAUUUUGACUUCAUCUCGGAGUCUCUGCUGCCUGAACAAAACCCACGCACGGAGAAUGGCAAAUUGUGCGUAGGCGUACAACAAUACGAUGUGGUGAUUGUACCAAACUUGAGAACUAUCCGCAGCACUACGCUACAGAUCCUGGAAGACUUCGCUAAGGGAAGUGGCAGGGUAAUUGUCGCAGGAUCAGACCCUUCGCUCGUGGACGUUGAGGCAUCGUUACAGCCCAAAUCUCUCUCUGCUGCACGCGUUCCAUUUACCAGACUAGAUAUCCUUCGCGAGCUCGAGACUGUUCGCGAUGUGAAGAUCGUCCUAGACACUGGCAUGGAAGCCGAUAAGCUACUGUACCAGAUGAGAGCUGAUGGUGAAGAGGGCUAUUUAUUUAUCUGCAACACUGAUCGUGUUAAACCAAGCAAAUGCAGGGUGGAUAUUCGAGGGGCAUGGUCCGCAACGCUUUUGGAUACCUUCUCCGGCAAGUCGUAUAGCUUCAAAACCGACGUAGUCGAAGGAUGGACACGAUUCCACCAUCACUUCGACGGCUGUGCCUCACUCCUCCUCCGUCUCUACCCCGUGACUCACGAGCCGUGCCUCUCGGCCCUUGAAAUCCCAGCCUGGACAGUCUCACACGAGCUUGUGGACUGUGCAGCCUCACUAUCCGAGCCCAACGUUCUGCUCCUAGACAUCGCAUCCCACAAACUCAACAACGAUGUCGACUGGGAAGCGCCUGAAGAGAUCCUCCGCAUCGACAACAUCGCACGCGAGAAUCUCGGCCUACGCCAAAAGAAAGACGCAUUCGCACAGCCAUGGACGACUCCCAAGUCCGCGCCCACAAAUACGAUAUCUCUGCGCUUCAACUUCACUUCGACCGUCGAUGUGCGGGGCGCGCAUCUUGCGCUUGAGAACGCUGCCAUAGCUACCAUCUCCCUCGAUGGCGCUCCCGUCGUUGCCUCGUCCAGCGGUUACUGGGUCGACGAAAGUAUCUCCACGAUCCCCCUCCCACCCAUCCCAGCUGGCUCCCAUGAGCUCAUCCUAUCCCUCCCCUUCGGCCCCGCCACAAACCUCGAGCGCGUCUACAUCCUCGGAGAAUUCGGCGUCGAUCUACGCGGUCGAAAAGCGACCAUCGUUCCUCUCGUACUCGACAAACUAGCUGUGGGCGACUACACAAGGCAGGGGCUACCCUUCUACGUCGGGAAUGUGCAUUACGACUUUACGCUCCGUGUCGAAGGACCCAGACCCCAGCGCACCGCAAUCCAAGUCCCGCGCUUUGUGGCCCCACUCCUCGCCGUGCAGCUCGACGGCCGCGACGUGGGCGCCAUCGCCUUCCAGCCGCACACUCUUGAUCUCGGAGAGCUGUCGGCGGGGGAGUAUAAACUGCAGAUUACGGCGUAUGGGAAUCGCGACCAUGCGUUUGGCGCGCUGCAUCUGCCGGAGGGAUUGACGAAGUGGUAUGGUCCGGAUGCGUUCCGGACGGCGGGUGAGUGGUGGAGUUAUGAGUAUACGAUUAGGGAGAUGGGGGUGCUGACGGCGGUGAGGGUGUUGAUGACGGAUGAGAAGGCUGCGGCGGGGAAAGGAUGGGAUAGGGGGAGUAUUAAGGGGUAUCUGUAG